GCUCUGCUCAGUCUUAAAAGGCAGAUCGAGUGAUUGUACUGCAGUUCUCCGUUAGACGUUAAUCGGUAACAACGCCUGAGGAAAACCAUCACAGGAGAGGAAAAGGCUCACCGGUUUCAUUCCGAGAUGGAAGAUGAUAAAAGAAGAAGCCAAAGAUGAUAAUGUGACGAAGUUAAAACAAAUCAUGGCUGACAAACAUGAGCAGCCACCUGAGGGUUGGACUGAAUCUCAAGUUAGCGACUGGCUAACAUUAAUUGGAGUGAAGAAGCAGUACAUAGAAAAGCUGUAUGAGGAAGAGGUGAACGGAAAAAUCCUUCUUGCACUGGAUGAGGACUUUUUGAAGUCAAAGAUUGGCAUGAAAUCGGGGCCUGCCCAUUUAAUUAUUCAAAAGAGAGAUGAGCUCAACAACUCCAAGGAAAAGUCUCAAGUGAAGAAAAAGACCACCAUUGGCAAAAAAAAGGAGUUUGAGCAGAUAAACAUUGAUAACAAAUCUGUUCAAAGUGAAGGUCCUCUGGCACAGAUUCCUGAGAAAGAUCAAGCUGUCGUUAAAAAUCGACCAGCAGGUAAGGAACAACAUGUGUUCCCUGCAAAAGAAGACUGCAGACCACGACCGUUUGAUCAAGAAGGGAUUGAUUUCAUAUAUGUAAAGCACAGAGUCCUGCAACCUGAAUCGGGUGCUUUUAAUCUGAUAUCUCCAUGCCAUGAAUUUAAAUCUUUAGCCAAAGCCGCUACAUUGGAUCGUACAAGACUUCAGGCUAAGUUUGCCAGAGAGGUCCUUAAGUUUGCAACUGGCUGUAUGAAUAUCAGAUCGAACGGCACAAUACACUUUGGCGUGAUGGACAGCAAGGAUGAUGCGGGAUAUGUGCAUGGUGAGAUAAUUGGUAUCCCUGUUCAAGAGAAAGACAUUUAUGUCGACGCCUUGGACUACAUUGAAAGGAGUUUCUCUUCUGGCAGGGAGCAUGUACGCGAGUGUGUACGGCCACCAAGGUUCAUUGAGGUUGUGGAUCGAGAAAGUACAGAAAAGAUGUACGUGGUAGAGGUUGACGUUGUGCCUUCCAUAAGUAUUGUUAAGACCAAGGUGUAUAAAGUACGUCUGCCAAACUUUAAAGAGGCAUCCAACCAAGUAGAAUUUGAGAAAGAAACGAUUCUGCGGAGGGUGGGUUCAAAGACAGAACCGGUGCUGGAGAGAGACAUUAGUGACUUUCAUGAACGUAUCAAAGAUCGAGAUGAGCAAAGAGAAGAAGCAGAAAAUAAUCUGUUCCUCAGUGCCCCAGACUGCUGCCAAGACCUCGGACGGAAACUCAAAAUGCUAAUGACUUCGGGAAAGAAAUUCAUCGAAAAGGGGAAAUGGUUCAUACUCGUCACAAACAAAUUCAACCCGGAUGAUCUAUGCAGCAUUCAAUGGCUGCUUAACUUGAACAUGUUCUGUGUGUUUGACUUUGACCCAGACUCAAAGAUUUCAGGUCUUUGCAGUAAGUACCUGCAGCAUCACAUUGCAAACAUGCAUUCUCUGCAGAGCUACAGGAUAUCCGGUGACAUGAGCAUCAAAGAAUUCACAAGCCACUUGCAUCUGUUUGAGCAAACUAGCUGGAUCUUUUGUAAUGGCCGAACUGACUUCAAAGUAGAUGAGACUCCAUGCGAGGAAAUGACUUGGAUCAAAACAAAAAUGACUGUCCUGAGGGAAUCUGUAUCUUUGAUCUGUAAACAAAUCUUGCCAAAGGGGAUAUUCCAGGUCGUAUUUCUUCUCACAUCCCCGGUUGACAAACCCCUCUUGCACACCUUUUAUGAGUUUUUCACAGACAUGGAAGGCCACGAAGACAUCAUCUGCAUCUGUGAGUCAGAGAAAAACUUCCAGAAGUGGCAAAGCUUUGCAGAGGGGUCAUGUGGAACAGAAAGUGUGAACAAUUCCAGUGUUGUUGGGAUGAAAAUGAGUCACAUUAAUUCAACUCUACAGCAAGUACAAUCUGUGGAAGCAUGCGCCAGGAAACACUUGCCAGUGUUUGUGAAAGGGACAUGUCUUCUUGAAACUACCGAAGAGGAAAAGAUGUAUUCCCUUGAGAUUCUGACGGUUGAUCAUUGUGAUGGAACAACUAAAGAAUUUAUUGAAGAAGAGAAAGCCAACAUUGACCAGCAGUUCUACCAUGGCGGUAGAAUAAAUUGGUUGAAUUUGUGGCUUUCUGAGCGCAAGUAUGUUGAAGAGAUCAUUGAAAGAGAUGCUUAUGAGGAAGUUUCCACUUUCGUCAAUGAUGCUUUGAAGUCGAAUGCCAAUCAAACUCCAGUGAACUGUAUAAACAUCUACCAUCAUCCAGGAAGUGGAGGCAGCACUGUCGCAAGACAGGUGCUGUGGAACAACAGGAAAAGUGUAAGGUGUGCAGUUGUGAAGCCUUCGUACCCAGCUGCUGUUGUUGCACAACAUGCAGUUGAACUGAGAGAAUAUGAAGAGAAAGAUCAACAGAAGUCUCUCCCCGUGCUGCUCCUCAUUGAGGACUCGGACAGAGAAUACCUAGAUGAUCUCAGGAAUGAACUGGAGGUUGCCACCAACACCAAGAGAAUCCUGCAUGGAACUCUGUGUUUCAUUCUGUUGAGCUGCAGACGCUCCCACGAUCCGGAGAAAAGAUGCAAGGAGUCUCCGCUGCAGAAUGUGUCCGUCACUCACAAGCUCUCUGAUCAAGAGAAGAGAAAGUUAGCCGGAAAACGAGAGGUGCUCGAGACACAAUACGAACCAGACUUCAUCCUGACGUUUGUUUUGAUGAGCGAAGGAUUCGAUGAAAAGUACGUUCAACAGUUUGUGGAACAUUUGCUGCAAGGCAUCAACCGCCAAGAUGUUGUCACUACCCUCAUUCUCUAUGUAGCACUGCUGAACACUUAUGUUCAAAACUCGUUCAUCUCUCAGUCCCAUUGUGAAGCUUUGCUUGGCUUGACCAUUCGCUGGAAAAUAUUUCGCCAACAUGAGUUUGAGGAAUCACUCGGUGACCGGGCUAAACUAGUCUUCUUGCACCUCAGGGAUGAAAAGACGCACAUUGAAUCAAUCAGAAUCAUCCAUCCACUCAUAGCAGAGGAAAUUCUUAAGCAACUUUUGGGGAACCAACAGACCCGAAGCAGUUUAGCCAUGGAUUUGCUCCGUGACGACGUGCUUUUUAAGAACAGAUUUGGAAGGGAGGAAUAUCUGUCAUUUUUGAGAGCCCUUUUCGUAAGGCGAGCCAGGAUAAGUAAAGGGGACACGUAUGAUAGUUUCUUCUCUCCUCUGGUUGAGCAUGUGAAUAAAAACGAAAAAAGCCCAGACAAAGCAAUUGACUUGCUCAAGGAAGCUUUUGAGCGUUUCAAUAAAGAUCCAUUCUUUGCACAACAACUUGCUCGUCUGCAUUACACUUAUGAAAAGUUUGAAGAGGCAAAAUACUGGGCAGAGACAGCGGCCAAAAAGCUGCCCAACAACUCGUACAUACUUGACACAAAAGGGCAAGUGUACAGGAAAUGGUUCCAAGCUAAGUGCAAAGCCAUUGAGAAUGACAAAGUACCAAAGACAGCCCAGAAUAUAGCAGAUGCUGUGGAGACGGCACUAAAAGCCCUCGAUUGUUUUCAGGAAUGUGAGAAAGCAGCUGACGCAGAUAUGGACAACAGUAAUACCUCCGGGUAUUUCUCUGAGGUUGAGGUUGGAUGCAGCCUGCUCAAACUGAUCUCUUCAUCGCAAGUGUUUGCAAACCGAACCAAUGGCCACUCCGAGUGCAUGAAGUACCUGUUAACAGAUUACAUACCUGAGGAGGUGGAAGACGCCUGGGAACCAUUCCAUGGCCGUUUGAAAAAACUAAAUAAGACGAUGCAUGAUGCCCUCGAAUGGAUUUCAGAAGACCUCAGUUACUUCCAGACAGACAUUGGUUUGGAUGGAGAAGAGACCCCGGACAGUUCUGAAGAGAAAAUAAGCAAUCCACUCAAAUGGUUGGCAAAGAGAUCUUCAGAGUAUGGGAAAUAUUUCAGUGAAACUUAUUUCACUGCGCUUCAAGGGGAAUCGGCUGCGGCCAAUCUGACUCCUUUUCAAAAGCGCAUGAUCAUCUUUAAACUUGGAGGGGGGAACAUAACGUCCAUCCUCUUCAAGCUAACUGAUCAGAGUAAUGCAGUCCGUCUUCUCGAGACCAUCCUUUCUCUCUACCCCAAUAAUCCAAAAAUGGCUAAAUUUGGACAAAGGGAUAUUAUCAAUUACAUAAUGGCCCACCUUACUCUGAAGUGCCUGUCGCCACAGAUUCAAAAGGUUCCUCCUCUAAAAGAUCUGCAAGCACUCUGUUUUCAGUUCCCAACUGAUAAAAGGAAAUGCUUACCAAGUGCCCUGUUCUUGUUAACCUUGCUAUUCUGGCCAGAGGAUCAUGACACAAAUGAUGAGAAAGAAAACAAAUAUGAAAUUGUGCGCUCAGCUGUUGAACACCUGGAAAACGGCUAUUGGACCAAGAAGAAGGACAUUCCUCAAAGGAAGAGAAGGAUUUACACCCAUUUCUUUCUGGGCAAUGGAAAUGGACUAGAUAAAUUUGUCCACAAGAGAAAGUUCGAAACCGUCACAAGGGGGUUCUCAGUGUCUGAGAAACGCAUGAAGUGGUUUAGGGGAGAGGCGUGGAAAAAGCCUGAGAUCGCAAACAUGCUGAAAGGUAUGUCUGGGUGGACUGAAGAUGGAGUGGUGUACCUUGAAGGCCCUCGGAAAAAGAGGUUCAAUAUCCAGCCUCUCCAUGUACCAUCAGUGCCUCAUAGUAAUGAAAAUAUUACGUUCUACCUGGGCUUCACAUUCAGAGGACCUGUUGCCUGCAACAUCGUUGUGAAAUAGUAUAGUAGAACUAUGAUUCUGUCACAUAUGGCUGCCUAUCAUCAUCAUCCUAAAUCAAGGGUUUAUUUUCCACCUUGUUACCAGGACUAACAACAUUAAAACAAAAAGAAGAGACACGCAUCGUCUUUCUGUAGUGUGUCAAGAAUUUUGCAGCAAGUUUUAUGAUCCAAAUUUGUUUUGUUUGAAAGUUGAAUUACUAUAUUUCAUUUGUCCAUAUUUGUACUGAACAAUAUAGGCAGUGUUUUACAUUUUUAUGUGAGUAUGCAUUUCAAUAAUUGGACUAUGAUGUGAUUGACUCUGGAUUCUAGGUUAAUAACAAAUGUAAAUACCUACUCUACAGCUUUUUUGCUUCUCAAAAAGUAACUUAAAAUCCCUGUUAAGACCUGAACUUUGUUAUUUUCAUAUUGUUUAUCAAUCAAGUUCAGGUCUACAUUUCACAUGUAUCUUGAUUUUGCAAAUGUUUUAACAAUAAAUGUUUUAAGACCUAAGCAUAAAUAUACCUUUGUUGAAAAUGUGUGAUAUAUUGAUAUACAACUGUCGCUUAUACUUUUCUAAUUUAUAUAUCUAUUUUUUGGUAGUAGUAAGAGCAUGAAGAAAUACUUAACUAUUACUGAAAUAUGUAAAAUAUGUUUUGGAGUACAAUAAAUAUUUCAGUUUGUU